CUAAACGCGGAAGCACAUAGACUUUUUGUUUUUGAUUUUUAAAGUCCGUAUUUCUGCUAUUCUGCUACUACUGAUACUACUGAAAAAUAUUGAAAUAUAAUCUUAUCUUUCGAUAUCAUCCAAGCUCGUGCUUCUGGAGGAUUAUGUGUUCUUUUCUAAUACUGAUCUAAUUUCUUAAUCGUUAUAUUUUAAGACUUAUCUGAGCGCAACAUCGAGUGCGAUUAUGGAACUACCUGUGUUUCAACAAUUAAAUAUUCGCAUGAGAUCACGUGGUAAGCGGCCAUUGCGCAAUCUAACACCUAACGACAAAAUUCGGGCUAUUCAACGUAUUCAUCAAGGGGAGACCAAAGCUUCUGUUUCAAGGGAUAUUGGAGUGCCAGAGUCAACCCUUCGAGGCUGGUGUAAAAAUGAACAUAAGCUUCGUUUUAUGUAUAGCCAGAUGAAUGAAAAAAAUGAAAUCGAGCUAAUUCCGAUUUACAAACUAGACAAUUUUCAACCAGCUGCGAAAAUAUAUAAAUUAGAUGGAAGGGAUUCUUUUAACUCGGUCAUUAAUACUGAGAAUUUGAUCGAAUUCAAUGAAAUGUCCAAUUUGAAUAGUAUCCACCUAGAUGUCAACUAUAACAACUACGAAAACGCGUUACUUGAAGAAACCUUAAGCGAUUUUCUAAGGAAUAAGUCUUUGCCAGAUUCGAACGAAAUGAUGAAGCAAAAGUUGGUGAUUAAAGGCAAUCAAAUUUCACCUGGCUUGUGUUCAAUAGGCCAAACUUUAUCAUCCAUUAGUACAUCAACGAAUUACAAAGAAUAUCAUUUUAGUCCCUACAAUUUGAAUUAUUAUUCAAAGUUAAAUUCAAGUUUUAUGUCAGCGAAAUCUAGUGUAGUUAGUUCUAGUUUUGAACGUAGCAAACCAAAACACCAACAUCCUAUUAAUAAAAAUAUUGACAAAUCAGUUCUUACAGAUCCUUUUAAUGAAAAAAAUGAUUUAAUUACAUACAACAAGUGGUCCAACAUUCUUUCAGAAAGUACUAAUACUGAAACUAUUAAAGCAAGUACUCACAAUACUGAAUGGAACGAUUGCAAUAUGUUAGGUAUUACCAAUAGAGACGGCAUAAAUAAUGAUAAAAACAUUGUUGAUCAGAAUAAUAGUAAACAGUGCAACAAUGAAUCGAGAUUACUUCAGUGGUAUAAAGUUUUCAACACAAGUUUGAAUUUUUUGACCUUAUCAGCCAUUGCUGCUACACUACAACCAAACCCAGUUUAUGUGCAUGGACACACAGACAUGACAGAGUGCAUUUCCGAAACACAAAACAAUAUUCAGAGCUACUAUGAAAGCGAACCAGAAGAUCUGUCCAAAAAGAUUUCAAAAACUUCUAUGUCCAUUUCAAGUCAGUCUCACAGCUCCAAUUCUUUUUUCAAAGAGUUUCAGGUCGUAAACAAGGAAUUGCAAUAAAAGAAUUAUAUAUUAAAACGAAAAAUGGACUAAUUUGACGAAUACUAUUUUGCAGAAUUUAUUUAACUAAACCAUGUAACUUAACUUUGCUUCCGCUUUAAAAUGUGUUAUUUAUUGUUAAAUAAAGAGAUUGUUCUAUUAAAAAAAAUUGAUACAAGAUAUUAAAAUUAUAACACAGCAUCGAACCGGCGAACAUAGCGUGGUAUAUUUUGUAUUUUUCGGCAUUCCAAAUUCUAUAAUUUUAAUUUUUUAUUAAAACAUUACUUCAGAAGUUAAUUCCGCGGUAAAAGUCUUGACGCAAUGCUGGUAGGCUUUACUUGUUUUCCUUGGCAUACUUUGAAUGGGUGUUUGACCACAUGAGCCCUUUGAAGGCUAUCAAAACAAUGAACUGAAUCGUAAGUUGAAGA